AUGUUCUCCCAGUCGGAUGAAAAGAUCAUAGAGUAUAUCGAAGCAGGGAAGUAUACUAUUGCACAAUCUUCAUUGCUUGAUAAAAUCAAAAAGUUCCCCAACAAAACUAUAUAUCGAGCGUUGUUGAAUAAGGUCUUGUACAAGACAGGCUCCACAGCCAAAGCCAUUGAAAACAAUUUGGCAUUAUUGAAAAGCACUCCCAAUGAAAUCACCACCGUAAUUGAACUUUACGAAUUUUUCAAAUCGGCGGGGAUGGAGAAGGAGGCCAAUUUAUGUUUUGAAAGUCCAAUUCAGAAAUAUCCAUUGUUAUCGCAGGAGCUAGGCACUAUAUGGUUUGAAAAUUCGGUUCAAGAUUUGGAUAUUAAACAGUUUAACAAGAUUUUUUCCUUCUUGAACAAGAGUAAGAAGGAGAGAAAGUACACUUUUUGGUAUAGUUUUAGUUUUUACUUGUUGUUCAACCAAGGUGAAAAAGAGGAAGAAUCUAAAUUGAAGUUGUACAAGUCAUUUGGCAAGAAAUUGAUAGAAGGGUUGGUUGAGAACGAACCUUUUGUUAAUUGUCAGGAGGUGUACGUAUACACUAGAUUUUUACUUUUGGACGAGGACUACACCACAAUUGAGUCGAUUUUGAGCAGCAUAAAGUUCCCGUUGGAUUUGGAAUUGCAAUUGCUUUAUAUGGAGGCAAUGGAAAAGUCAGGAAAGUGGACUCAACUUCACAAUUACACAGGGAAAUUGUUACUAGAAGAUAAAUUUGAUGAUUACGAUACCUGGAAGUUGUGGAUUAGGUCAGGUUAUGAAACAGGUGCUGCCCUCGUGGAUCUUCAAUCCAAGUUGGGCAACAGUAGAAAUGAGUUGUUGAUAAGAAUUGAAUUGGAUAUUUUAUACAAGACCGAUCCAAGCCAAUUGCAAAGUGACAUUGAGGUGUAUUUUGCCAAGUUUAAGAACAAAAUGUGCUGUUUUAGUGAUCUUUUUAAAUACAAGGACUUUUUAUCAUCUGAGUUUUACACGAUGGUCAGGAAUUCCACAGAUGAGAUGUUGCUGCACCCCUCGGAGGGCGACAAGGACCUCAUUACAUUAGUCAAUAACCAAAAAUUUGUACCUCAUGUUAAGAAUGGACAGAUUUAUCAACAUUACAGAGGCAACAAAAGCUCCACCAAUAGAUCCGAGUUUGACAAUGAUCCCCUAAGUGAUGCUCUUUUAAUUUCGAUAAUUGAAAACUUGUCGAAAGAUGCACUGCCUCAGCAGAUAAUACAAAGCAUAACAGUGAUCAAUCAUUUGUUAAUCAACGACAAGUACAAUUACAAAUUAAAGGUCUGGCUGAUCAAGCUUUACUCACAGUUAAACACCAAUGAUUCGAUAUUACCCUUGUAUGAAUCUUUGAAGAUAAAGAUGAUUCAACAUGAAACUGUAGGUUACUAUCUUACUAACGUUGUCCCAGCAACUAGAACGAGCCUCGAGCAAUACAUUGAUAUUUUCCGAUUCUACCUUACAGCAAGACACGAAGUUAAAGAUACGGUAUUGGGCGGGUUUGAACUGCAAAUUUACAGCAAAUUAACUAGUUUUAUUCAGUUUGGUCAACGGUUACAAAAUUCAGUUUCAUUAAACUUUAUCUUGCAACGAAUUAUUCAAACUUCAUUGAUCACUUCUGAUAAAGGUUACAUAAAUUAUUUUGCCCAUUACUUGCACGAAAAUGAAAAAUCAAUCUUGGCAUCCACUUGGCAAGACAAUCGAGAUUUCGAAUCGGAAUGGAAUGGAAUUAUUGUAAAUGAGAAUGUGGAAACGGCAAAAUCCAACAAUUUAUUGUCAACACCAAUAGAUGACCAAUCGAUCAAGCUCAAGUUGAUAAUCUAUAUGAUAAUUCUUAAUAAUUCUACCGAUUCAACAACCUCAUUGUUGAAGCAAUUCAACAAAAUCAUCAGUUCGUCAACCCAGGUCACGUCCAAUCCAUUCACCAACGUAUUAUUUAAAAUGUAUUACAACUUGUUAAAGAUCCAAACCAACAUCAAGUGUGAUGAAUCGCAAUCAUUAUCCAAUUUCAUACACAAGAAUUUGAAAAUUGAUAAACUCAAAUCACAAAUUAUUCCCCAUGCUUCAAUAUUAUCCUAUCAAUUGAAUGAAAACUUGAUCAAUUUGAUUGAGUUUAUCAAGAUUGUUGCAUUUAUAUCUACACAAUCAAGAGGUAAAACCCAGGAUUCAGUCAAGACAACCAAAUCCAUUUUACAAACAACAACUAAUUUAGUAGGUGAAUUGAAGAAGUUGGAUCUUGUGCAACAACAAUAUAAAGCCAUUGAUGAACAGAACAUGUCUUUUGAUUUGAAUAAUGAACUUGGAUUGGAAUUGGAUAGGGAUGUUUUGGAGAAAUCAGUUGAUGAUAUUAAAGAGUCGAUUGCGGCUUCGACGAGAUCGAUAUUGAACAAUAUAUAG